AAAGUUACGUGUAAAUGAGCCGAGGUCGCAUGGAGAACUGUGCAACCUCGGAAAUAGAGAAAAAACAUGAGCUACCACACGUGUGAAAAUGACCCUCCUGAAGGAAAGAGCCUCUGGCUCGUGGGAAAAGGACCCCCACCUUCACCCCACGUCGCUCAUCCUCUGCAGGCUCUGCUUAACUUCUCCCUCCCAAGCCCAAACUCUUCAACCGCUCUCUCCUUCCUCCCGCUCUCAGUCUCUGUUACCACCUUAAACCAAAGAGAGRAAUUUACAGAAAAUCUCUCUUUAUUGAGAGUGAACAUUUUUGAAUCCAAUCUCUUUCUCUCUCUCUCUCUCUCUGUUAAAUAAAUGUGAGCAUUUCAGCAUCCAGUCUCAAUGAUAAACAAAAACCCAUAUUGAAUUUCAGUUUCUUUCUCUACCAGUCUCUCUGCUGCUCUGUGUUUUCUAAUCAAGAACGGGCGUUGUCUGCUAUAACAGUUUAACAGAGCUUCUUUGAAUACAGUUUUUGAUUUUUUUUUUUUCGGGCCUAAGAAAUGGCGGUGAACGAAUGGAUCAAUGGCUACUUGGAGGCAAUUCUCGAUAGUGGAGCAGCAUCAAUAGAGGAGCAGAAGCCAUCCUCGGUGAACCUACGGGAGGGGGGGCACUUCAACCCCACAAAGUACUUUGUGGAAGAAGUGGUUACAGGUGUUGAUGAGACCGAYCUCCAUCGAACCUGGAUCAAGGUGGUCGCCACCCGCAACGCACGAGAGCGCAGCUCUCGGCUUGAGAACAUGUGUUGGCGCAUUUGGCAUCUCGCCCGCAAGAAGAAGCAGUUGGAAUGGGAAGAGUUCCAACGCUUGACAAACAGGAGGUGGGAGCGGGAGCAGGGACGCAUGGAUGCCACUGAAGACCUGUCUGAAGACCUUUCUGAGGGAGAAAAGGGGGACACUGUGGGGGAGAUGAUUCAGAGUGAGGCCCCAAUGAAGAAGUACCAGAGGAAUUUUUCAAACCUCGAAGUGUGGUCUGAUGAUAACAAGGGGAAGAAACUCUACAUUGUUCUUAUCAGCUUGCAUGGUUUGGUCCGGGGAGACAACAUGGAGCUUGGUCGAGAUUCUGAUACUGGUGGCCAGGUCAAAUAUGUGGUGGAGCUUGCCCGUGCACUAGCUACGAUGCCUGGGGUGUAUAGGGUGGACCUUUUCACUCGCCAAGUAUCCUCACCAGACGUGGAUUGGAGUUAUGGAGAACCCACAGAGAUGUUAACCCCCGGCCCUGAAGAUGAAGAAGAAAAUGAUGUAGGAGAGAGCAGUGGUGCUUAUAUUAUAAGGAUACCAUUUGGUUCACGGGAUAAAUACCUCCGGAAAGAGUUAUUAUGGCCACAUAUUCAAGAAUUCGUAGAUGGAGCUCUGUCACACAUUCUUAACAUGUCUAAGGUGCUGGGAGAACAGAUAGGUGGGGGCCAGCCUAUUUGGCCCUAUGUGAUUCAUGGACACUAUGCAGAUGCAGGAGAUAGUGCUGCACUUCUGUCUGGGGCUUUGAAUGUACCCAUGGUUCUUACAGGACACUCUCUUGGGAGAAACAAGUUAGAGCAGCUUCUUAAGCAGGGGCGACAAUCAAAGGAGGACAUCAAUUCAACAUACAAGAUAAUGCGGAGGAUAGAAGCAGAAGAGCUGKCCCUUGAUGCUGCUGAGCUUGUCAUCACAAGUACCAAGCAAGAGAUUGAAGAGCAGUGGGGCUUGUAUGAUGGUUUUGAUGUCAAGCUGGAGAAGGUACUGCGAGCCCGUACAAGACGUGGGGUCAGUUGUCAUGGCCGUCACAUGCCAAGGAUGGUGGUUAUUCCUCCUGGCAUGGACUUCAGCAAUGUUGUUGUUCAAGAGGACACUCCUGAAGCUGAUGGGGAACUUGCAGCCCUUUUUGGUGCUGAUGGGUCUUCACCAAGGGCAGUUCCACCUAUAUGGUCUGAAGUAAUGCGCUUCUUCACAAAUCCCCAUAAGCCAAUGAUCCUGGCAUUAUCAAGACCUGAUCCAAAGAAGAACAUCACCACCCUUUUGAAAGCCUUUGGGGAAUGUCGUCCAUUAAGAGACCUUGCUAAUCUUACACUCAUAAUGGGGAAUAGGGAUGAUAUAGAUGAAAUGUCCUCAGGUAAUGCUAAUGUGCUAACAACAGUAUUGAAGCUGAUUGAUAAGUAUGACCUCUAUGGGAUUGUUGCCUACCCAAAGCAUCACAAGCAGUCUGAUGUUCCAGAAAUCUACCRCCUAGCAGCCAAAACAAAGGGGGUCUUCAUAAAUCCAGCUUUGGUUGAGCCUUUUGGCCUUACCUUAAUUGAGGCAGCAGCACAUGGGCUUCCAAUGGUGGCUACUAAAAAUGGCGGACCUGUUGAUAUUCACCGGGCACUGAACAAUGGGUUGCUUGUGGACCCACAUGAUCAACAAGCUAUUGCAGAUGCACURCUUAAACUAGUUUCAGAAAAGAAUCUAUGGCAUGAAUGCAGGAAGAAUGGAUGGAAAAAUAUACACCUAUUUUCAUGGCCUGAACAUUGCCGAACUUACUUGACAAGGGUGGCAGCGUGUAGGAUGAGGCAUCCACAAUGGAAGACUGACACCCCAAUGGAUGACAUGGCUGCAGAAGAGUCCCUUGGAGAUUCACUCAAGGAUGUGCAGGACAUGUCCUUGAGGCUUUCUGUUGAUGGGGAAAAGUCUUCAUUCAAUGGCUCUUUGGAGAAUGAUCCUGCUGAAUUAGAGAAAGUGGCUGCAGUCCAGGGUGAUCCUGAGGUACAAGAUCAAGUGAAACGAAUCCUAAGUAAGAUAAAGAAGCCAUUAUCAGACCCACAUAAAACUGAAUAUGGAAAUAAACAUCCUGAGAAUGUGGCAAACAAGUAUCCACUCCUGAGACGAAGGCGGAGGUUAAUUGUAAUAGCACUUGACUGCUAUAACUGCAAUGGAGUUGCUGACAGUAAGAUGCUUCAGACAGUACAGGAGAUAUUUAAGGCUGUGCGGUCAGACUCCCAAAUAUCAAGAUUCUCAGGAUUUGCUUUUUCAACAGCCAUGCCAGUUUCUGAGACAAUAGACUUCUUGAAAUUAGGGAGGAUUCAGGUGACAGAAUUUGAUGCUCUGAUAUGUAGCAGUGGGAGUGAAGUGUACUACCCAGGUGUUUAUAGAGAAGAUGAUGGAAAGUUGUAUCCAGACCCAGACUACACCUCCCAUAUUGACUACCGUUGGGGUUGUGAAGGCCUAAAGAAGACUAUUUGGAAACUAAUGAAUUCACAAGAAAGCAGAGGGGAUAAAUCUCACAAUUCUUCAAGCCCAAUUGAGGAAGAUGUGAAAUCAAGCAUUUCACAUUGCAUCUCAUACUUAAUGAAAGAUUCCAGCAAGGCAAUGAGGGUGGAUGAUCUGAGGCAAAAGCUGAGAAUGCGUGGRCUUCGGUGCCAUCCAAUGUACUGUAGGAACUCAACAAGAAUGCAAAUUGUUCCUCUUCUUGCAUCUCGAUCUCAAGCAUUAAGGUACCUCUUUGUUCGUUGGGGAUUGAAUGUUGCAAACAUGUAUGUUAUUCUUGGUGAAACGGGUGACACUGAUUAUGAAGAACUGAUAUCUGGAACCCACAAGACAGUGAUUAUGAAAGGACUAGUAGAGAAAGGAUCUGAGGAAUUAGUAAGAACAACAGGAAGCUACCUGAAAGAUGACAUAGUUCCAGGGGAGAGCCCUCUUGUCACCCACACAAACAGUGGAGCAACAGCUGAUGUGAUCUUGAAAGCGCUAAAGUCAGUCUCCAAGUCUGUUUGAGUAUGAAGGAAAAGAAUCUCUGUAUGUUUCACACUAAGGUCAAUUGUUAUUUUGCUUCUUUCUUUUUCUCUGUUUUCUUUUGGCUAUUUAACUGAAAUUGGUUUUCUCUUUCCCGUUGUUUAUAGAACUCCUAUUUGGCAAAUACAGAAAGGUAUACAAUUUAAACAAUUAAA